UUUCUCUCUCAUUCACCGGAAAAAUCUUUACUUUCCGACGACCCCCGACUAAUGCCACCCGGUUUUGAAAUUCUAACCACCAAUAUCGUAUCCAGGCGGUGUGUCUAGAAACCGUGGAGUAGAAAGAUGUCAGUAGACAACGCUACAUUUUUCAAUAAGGAACUCUCCAAGCGCACGUCGAUUUUCGGACUCCGAUUGUGGGUGGUCAUCGGGAUCCUGCUGGGUUCAGUCAUAGUCCUCACUCUCUUUCUGGUUUCACUCUGCCUUACCUCUCGCCGCAAAUCUCGCAGGCCCCACCACUUGGAUCCUACCCCACCACUUUCCAAGGAGAUUCAGGAGAUUGUCCAUCACCCUCCUGCACCUGAUCAGUACCACCAUGCGGCGCGGCCGGCGCCGGAGAUUCAGGUGGAUAUAGGGAAGGCGGAGCACCGGGUGGUGUACUCGAGUGGGGAGAGUAAAGGGGCGGCCAGUGCCAGUCUGAGUGAGACGCCGUCUUUUGGGAGCGGCAGCGUUGGGCCUGAGGUGUCGCAUCUUGGGUGGGGGAGAUGGUAUACUCUGAGAGAGCUAGAGGCGGCGACAAAUGGGUUGUGUGCGGAGAAUGUGAUUGGGGAAGGUGGGUAUGGGAUUGUGUAUCGUGGGGUUCUCAGUGAUGGGACUAGAGUCGCUGUCAAGAAUUUGUUGAAUAACAGGGGUCAAGCUGAGAAGGAAUUCAAGGUGGAGGUGGAAACGAUUGGGCGAGUACGGCACAAGAAUCUUGUAAGGCUGCUAGGAUACUGCGUUGAAGGUGCAUACAGGAUGCUUGUGUAUGAGUAUAUUGACAAUGGAAAUUUAGAACAGUGGCUCCAUGGGGAUGUUGGGGAUGUCAGUCCUCUAACAUGGGAGAUUCGUUUAAAUAUCAUAUUGGGAACGGCAAAAGGUUUGGCCUACCUUCAUGAGGGUCUUGAACCAAAGGUUGUCCAUCGAGAUGUAAAAUCUAGCAACAUACUACUUGACCGCCAGUGGCACUCCAAAGUUUCUGACUUUGGACUUGCUAAACUCUUAUGUUCUGAGAUGAGCCAUGUGACAACUCGUGUAAUGGGGACUUUUGGAUAUGUUGCACCAGAAUAUGCUUGCACUGGAAUGCUAAAUGAGAAAAGUGACGUCUAUAGCUUUGGUGUUCUUAUCAUGGAGAUAAUAACUGGUAGAAGCCCUGUUGAUUAUAGCCAACCUCAGGGAGAGGUGAAUUUAGUGGAAUGGCUAAAAACCAUGCUUGGAAACCGAAAAGCUGAGGAAGUAGUUGAUCCUAAGCUGCCUGAGAUGCCUGCUUCAAAAGCACUUAAACGUGUUUUAUUGGUUGCUCUUCGCUGUGUUGAUCCUGAUGCCACAAAGAGGCCGAAAAUGGGGCAUGUUAUCCACAUGCUUGAGGCAGAUGAUCUGCUAUUCGUGGAUGAACGUCGGAUUACUAGAGAACCUUCCAAUUCCCGUCAUGAAGAUCAACAAUCAAGUCAUACCACUGCAAAUGUAGGUGAUAGAUGAUUGGUUGAUGGGGCAUCUGUUUCAGAUACCAAUGAAGGUGAUUGCACAAUGAGCCAUCACCACCCAACUAGAUGGAGAUGAUGCUUUCUGAAUUAGGUCGUGUGGAUUAGUUUCUGCAUCAAAUUAUUGUGGGAAAAAAGGGCCCAUCUACCUGCUAAGUCGUGGCCAAUACACCUUUUAUUGAUGUGUGGUUUUUUCUUUCUUGUCCGGCUGUACUUGUACCGGCUAGCUGGAAAGAUUAGGAUGGUUAGUGCUGCUGAUCAUGUUCUUGGUCUCACCAUCAAUGCCAGGGCAAGCAGGCAAGCCAGUCCAUGGUGCCUAAUAAAAUCCCAUUUGGCAAUUGGCAUGAUAGAGAACAAACUGGCUUUAUGUUUUCAUAUUUCUAGUGACUAGUGGACCCAUUUUGUACUCUACUGGACUUGGCCUUAUCCAAAUGCUCUAAUUUCCAUUGAAAGCCGUUUUGUUAAAUGUUUGGCAAGUAAUCUCAACCCUGUCUUUUAGCUGCCUAUCUCAAUUGUAAGACAAAAUAAUUGACUCUUUAUUUAUUUAUUUAUUUUUUUUACUUUUUUAUAAACUAGACUGGUAGAGUCUAAAGUCUUCUAGAAGCAUAGAAAUCCUGUGGAGUUCAAAAAGCUUAUGGAGAAUCGAACCGUCUCUGUGGACUAGAUAAUGUAAAAACAUUGUGCGCCUGUGGUUUUCGGGCAAAACUCUACUUUUUAGCCCCUCAUCUUAUUAAAUUUGAAGGUUUUAA